AACGAGACUAUAAAUUAAUACCUCUGUGGAAUCCGGACACUUCCGCGCUCUGGGCACAUUGUCUCUCUUUUAAUCGCUGAUUGUAUCGAUUUUUCACCCUUUCCAUCCGGAACAUCAAGCACAGGGUUUUUGACGGGACUCAUUGUCAUUGAAACAGUCAUGCCUCGGUAUUACUGUGACUACUGCGACACCUAUUUGACCCAUGAUUCUCCAUCUGUUAGAAAGCAGCACAAUGCAGGUUACAAACACAAGGCAAAUGUGAGAACCUACUACCAGCAAUUUGAAGAACAACAAACACAGAGUUUAAUUGAUCAGAGGAUCAAAGAACAUCUUGGGCAAGCUGCAGCGUUUCAGCAGGUUGGUGUAGCUUAUAAUCAUCUGAUGGUUCAGAGGCCAAACCUUCCUCCUGUGUUGCCGCCACCAAGACUGCCUAUUCCUGGAAAUACACAAGUACCUGGAGGCCAACCACUAAUGCCAGGGAUGAGACCACCUGUCUUUCCUAGACCACUUCCUGGGGCACCAGGAUAUGUUUCUGCACCUACGAUGCCUCCAAUGUUACCCCCACCUGGUGCUCCCCAGGUGUCAGGUCAACUUAAUACCCUACCAAGACCCCCUUCAUUAGCUCCCCCUCCAACUGUUCCUGGUAGCACUGCUGCCCCAGCUUCCAAUGGUGCUCCCUCUAUGGUAUCAUCAGCAGUGUACCAAGCCAAUCCACCAGCACCAUCAUCUGGAGGUUAUGAUAAUUACAAUGCCAGUGCUCAAGCACCUGAGGGAAAUCACUGACCUGGUUAAAAUGGUAUGUUAUUUAAUAUUAAUUAUUGAA